AGCAGUCUGGACAGUUGCAUCAGUUCCUGUGUGUGCGUGUAAAUGUCUGUGCUGUGGCCGCUCCACGCUACUUUUUAUUCCCAGGACGCAGAAUAGUAAUAAAUCCUCCUCUGCUAGGAAAGGCUGUGAUCAUAAUAAAGACGUCACCCUCCUGCUCGGGUUGGCUCAACCAAGCCAAGUGCGCAGCUAUUUGUAAGCUACAACAACAACAACCACCACCAGCACCAUGCCCGUGGAUAACGUAGUGAUUUCUCUGAGAUCCCCUCGCCGUGCGGAGACGAUAUCUGCGUCAGAUCCAUAGUAAAUACAGCCUUUAAUUGCUCCGGAUCUUUCCACCUAAAAAAAAGAAAAAGAAAAAAAAACAGAGAGAGGGACUUGAUCGCGUUGCAGGCUCUUGUCGCAACAAAUAGGACGCAAGACGUGGAUUUGAAGAAAGCUCAAGUUGGCAUCAGAGUCUAGUCCCGGUGCAUCCUGUUCCCCAGUGAUGUUGGACUGUUUUGCCACAAAGGAUCUCUGUCUUUUCAAAGAGUCAUGGAGGAAACAGCUGCUGCAGACCCAGGCCCUGGCACCGGUACUGUCCCACCAACCUCAAGACCUCAGCCUUCCUCAUUUGCCCCUUCCCGCAGCCUGCUGGAGUGGAGACGGAGGGUCAAGUCUGAAUAUAUGCGCCUUCGCCAAUUAAAACGCCUUAAAAAAGCAGAGGAGGUCAAGACCGUGUUCAUGUCCAACAGACAGAAGAUUGAGCAGCAGACAAAUCUCCUGAACACAGAGUGGUCCAAGCUCAGGAUUCAGUCCAUUCCUUUGUCAACGUCUAGUGGAGCUCUGGCCAACAAGAAGGUGUGUACUGUGGAGUUUGGCUUCCCAGGAUUCAAAGCUCAAGCCAUUGCCAUGAGACCACUGUCAACAGUAGCAGGAAUCCCCUUCAUGUACUCCUGGUCACCUCUGCAGCACAACUUCAUGGUGGAGGACGAGACGUUCCUUCACAACAUCCCCUACAUGGGCGACGAGGUGCUGGAACAGGACGAGGCCUUCCUGGAGGAACUCAUCGACAACUACGACGGUGUCCAUGGCGACAGAGAGGGUGGUUUUAUUAGUGACGAGAUCUUUAAAGAGCUGGUGGAAGCCUUGAGCCAGUACUCUGACCACGAGGAGGAGGAAGAAGAGGAAGCAGUGGCCGUGGCAGAGGCUGUGGGGAAGAAGGAGGAGGAAAGAGUGAUGAGGAGGAGCUCAGUGGAGGGCUCAGAAGAGACCAAAGCUGGGACUGUGGCGUUCAUCAGGAGGAAGAGAAAGAGCACAACUGAGGUGAGGGACCUGUGCAGCAGCAAGAAGAUCCCCAAUGAUAAGAUAUUUACAGCCAUCGCCUCUAUGUUCCCUUACAAGGGCACCACGGAGGAGCUGAAGGAAAAGUAUAAGGACCUCUUGGAGCCCCCCAGCCCGGUGAAGCUGCCCCCACUUUGCACCCCCAACCUGGAUGGACCUUUUGCUAAGUCUGUGCAGCGGGAGCAGUCAUUACACUCCUUCCACACACUCUUCUGCAGACGUUGCUUCAAAUACGACUGUUUCCUCCACCCUUUUCAUGCUACACCCAAUGUUUACAAGAGGAAGAGUAAGGAGAUCCGCAUGGAGACUGAACCAUGUGGUGUGGACUGCUUUCUGUUACAGAAAGGGGCUAAAGAGUUUGUGGAUCAGAAUAUGUUACGGUCACAGAGGUCUCGGAGGCGACGGAGGCAGCAGCGUCCCACCAGCUCCAGCUGUCCUGGGCCAUCUGGGUCUACUGAGGAAGGCAAAGAGGGUGACAGUGACCAUGAGACCACCUCCUCCUCAGAGGGCAAUUCGCGGUGCCAGACUCCCACCAAGCUGCGUCCAGGGGACGAUGACGGGGAGCAGCAGGCCUGCUGUGUGGUCCAGUGGAGCGGGGCAGAGGAGUCGCUGUUUAGGGUGCUACACGGCACAUACUUCAACAACUUCUGUUCCAUCGCUCGCCUCAUCGGUACCAAGAACUGCAAGGAGGUGUACGAGUUUGCAGUGAAGGAGGUCCUGAUCCAUCGUGUUCCUUUGGAGGAUGGAGGCAUCUCACCCCAAAAGAAGAAAAGGAAACACAGGUUAUGGGCCAAGAUUCAGCUGAAGAAAGAUAACUCAUCCAAUCAGGUGUACAACUACCAACCAUGUGACCACCCUGACCAUCCAUGCGACAGCUCCUGCCCGUGUGUGAUGACCCAGAAUUUUUGUGAGAAGUUCUGUCAGUGCGAGCACGAGUGCCAGAACCGCUUCCCAGGCUGCAGGUGUAAGACUCAGUGUAACACUAAACAGUGUCCCUGCUACCUGGCUGUGAGGGAAUGUGACCCAGAUCUGUGCAUGACUUGCGGGGCUGCAGACCACUGGGACAGCAAGGUGGUCUCCUGCAAAAACUGCAGCAUCCAGAGAGGCCUAAAGAAGCACCUGCUGUUGGCUCCAUCAGAUGUCGCCGGAUGGGGCACCUUCAUCAAAGAGCCUGUUCAGAAGAAUGAGUUCAUCUCAGAAUACUGCGGAGAGCUGAUCUCUCAGGAUGAGGCAGACCGACGUGGCAGGAUCUAUGACAAAUACAUGUCUAGCUUCCUUUUCAACUUGAACAAUGUAGACUUUGUUGUGGAUGCCACACGAAAGGGGAACAAAAUCCGCUUUGCAAAUCAUUCAGUUAAUCCCAACUGCUACGCAAAAGUGGUAAUGGUGAAUGGAGACCAUCGCAUCGGUAUCUUUGCCAAACGAGCUAUCCUACAAGGAGAGGAGCUCUUCUUUGACUACAGAUACAGCCAAGCCGAUGCCCUCAAAUAUGUGGGGAUAGAGAGGGAGGAAGCUGACUGGACAUUUCAAGAUCAAUUCAACACAGACUCAGUGUGUUUAUAAUGUUACAUACAAACACCUGAUACCUGAACACGGACGAGCCACACCGAGCUUCACCCAGGCCUUUUUUCCGUCUCAUUCUACUACUGUUGGUGCACUACAAUAAGUGAACUGGAUAGUUGGUAUCAGUGCACGUUUGUUUUUUGAUCAGAGUCGUUGUUUAACACUGGAAAGUUUUAUCUUGGUGGGAACAAAACACAAACACUUUCACAUCCAGUCAGUCACACAUACACACUUUCCAGGGACCACGCAUGAACUAACUAGUGGGUUGCAAUGAAGUGACACUGCUAGGCUGAAUGUUUAUGAUCCAUUUAGCAAUGAAUACAGUUAGGUGUAUACAUUUAUAUAAUACAUAAGCUGACUCUUUCCUAAUAGGCAACAAAGCAUGUUUGACCCAAGUUUGUUGGCUUGCACCUAAGUAUGAACUUUGAGUGGUGAUUGUCCAUUUGACAAAAACUGUUCUUUGUAUGGAUCAGAAGCCAACAGUUUCACUCCGUCUGCUCGCUUUUCAUUUUCAUUCAUCUUCUUCACAGCACAUUCUUAAAAAUAUAGCCUGUAUUUGCCAGUUUUGGCCGUAUCUGUACAUUUUCAUACAUUAUUAGCAAGUCGUGCCUUUACAGUAAUUGCAGUUUUUACAUCUACUGUACAUCCUGUCACUGUACAAUUUCGCACAGCCCUGCUCAUCUGUAACAGAAGAAAACCAACAAUGUUGAGUUUUUGAGGUGUGUUAGUGCCACAGAGAACGAGUCCUGCACUUUCUUUAUCCUGAGCAUUCUGAAAAGCUACCAUGAGUAUUAGUACUGUCAGUGCUGAAGCAGCCUUCAGUGAAAACAUCAGAACAGGGCUUCACUGUAGCGCCUGCUCAUACAUUACAGAGUCAAAGGAUUUACAUUCAAACACUCCAUGUAUCUGAAUUUAACUUGUUUUGUAUAAACCAUAGGAAUUAAAAAAAGUCGCUUAACACAUUAUUCAUAUAUUGACGUAUACACUCAUUACAUCCUAUUUGCUAUUGUGCAUCUGCAAAUUAAACUGAGACAUUAACAUCAUUGGAGGCCAAAAGAAGCUCAUAUUAUUGCAUGUUACUGCAAAGUGCGCUCAUGCUCUACGUAUGCAUAGCUUAUAUGUUGCAAAUGUAUUACUUUUUUUCCACAUACACAUAUAGUGCUUUAGUAGCAAGAAGAACUGCAGUGAGCGAUGAUGGCCCCUAAGCUUUGGUUGCACCACACAUCAAAUGAAAUUUCAUCUUGCCAUAGAAGGAAAUUUCAUUGGACUAUAGGUAGAAUUUUGAACUUUCCACUGAAAGCAGCUAAACAAGCAGCAGUAGUGAUGACAGCGUGGUCAGCUACUGUCCUACAGCAUUAUGCA